UUGACUUUAAAAAAACUUAACUUAAUCCUGAGUUCAGCAACAUAACAAAGUUUUUAAAAGAAUGGUAAUAAAAUCUCUUUACUUGAAAAGUUCAAGAAAAGCCUUUUUUCUUUCUAAUUUCAAUGUUAUAACUCAAAAAUUGAAUUUUUGUUAUAGAUAUUUACAGUGUUUUAAAGAGGAGUUUUAGGAAAUAAUGUAAUUGUCAGUUCAGAUUUUCACAAACAGCUGUCAAUUACCGGGAUUUCCCGUAAGGCAGAUCUAGGCCAAGGGUAAGGGUGGAAGUCGACGGUUUACCACUCUCCAGCGUUUGGAGGUUAUUAUUAGAGAAGACCAAAACAAUAUUCUCAGUGCACUUUUUUUUGCCACUGCUACAUUGCUCCAGUCUUCAGUGGCCUCAGUUGGAACAUUGACACUUGUCUGGCAUGAGGCCAGAGUUUGCUGUAUGAGUCAAGUGUCAAGUCCGCUUAUGCCCCCUCUCACCUUAUGCUACAGCAAAUAUGUUCAUGACUCAUUUGAGCUGCUAGAGGAGCUGCAUGAUUCAGGCAAGGCGCAGCAUGCAGUGAGGGGCAGGAGCCUGUGAGAGCCGACAUGACCACCUUCAAGCUGAGCCCGGGGCUGCUGCUUGGUCAGUCCUCGGACAUUGACGCUGUCUUCCUGCCCGUCAACAUCGACGGCGAGCAUCAGCACGGGGAGGAGUUCGAGCCCCACGCUGACUGGAACGCCAACAGUCCAGCUGCAGGUCUGCACCACCAGCUACUAAGGGGACAGAGAGAUGAGGACAAGAGAGGUACCUCAGAUGUCUGUGUAGGAAUCUCAAAAGAACAAAAAGCGUUUGAUGACGAGGAUGAUGAGGAUGGAGAAGCAGGUCCGUCCAGAGUGCUCAUGCACGCCAUCAUCACGGACACGCCCGACUCCAACGACUGGUGCUACCGCGCCACGCUCACCUCCAUCGCUGUCAUCGUGGUCAUCGUGUCACUGCUGGUGUUCGGCCACCGCUACAUCCGCAACGUUCUCACCUGGCUGGAGCACGUGGACCCCAAGGUCAGCGUGUCGGUCAUCACGGGCCUCUUCGUGCUCAUCUCCUUCCCCAUGGCGUGGGGCCUUUCGCUGCUCAUGGUCACGUCAGGGUAUCUGUACGGAUGUUUGUACGGGCCGUUGGUGGUCACAUUCAGUGUCACUAUUGGACUGACAAUUUCUCUUCCAGUCAUGCGAUGCCUAUGUGCAGCACAGUUGCGUGCUCGUUUCUAUUCACGCAAGGUCGAAGCGAUCAUCAACGUGGUCAGUGGGUCUCAUGGGAUGAAGGUCAUUGCCCUCACCCGACUCACGCCUAUUCCAUUCGGCCUCCAGAAUGCUUUGUUUUCUCUGUCCAGCAUGUCACUGAUGAGGUACCUCAUCUCCAGCGUGGGUGGCCUGGUGCCCAUGACCUUGCUGAACUGCUACAUGGGCUCGACUCUACGCACCAUGGAGGACCUCAUGACGGACGACUCGAACAGGAUGACCGGCUUCUUCAUCUUCGGUGGUCAGAUCCUCAUCACUGUAGUCUUGUUAUGGUUUGUGGUUCGCAAGGCUCGAGUCGAGCUGAAGAAAGCCAUGGAUGAGUCCGACAAGUCCUCCACAGCUCUCCCCAAUGGUGACUGCUCAAAGACUGUUUAUGUGGAUCAUGAUGGAUUAUGACAGAAAUAGUCGUACAAUACUCAAGUGGGAAUGUUCUUUUGUGCUUCGGAUAUAACUUCACCUUUGUGAGUUAUGUGGAUGCUGUGCCAGUGCAAUUUUGUGGAUUGUUAUGCAUGCUUUCAGAUUUUGUUCUUUAAUGAUGGUGCAAUAUGAACCUUGUACAAAGGCUGCCCCUUUGUCCAUAAGCUGGAAGUUGGGAAGUUAUGAUUGGCUCAUUGAAAAACUGUGUCUCGAGUUUGUGCCCUUUCAAGGGUAAUUCAUCUCAUAUCAGAGCUUUUGGUUGGCUUGUCCAAAGCACUUUUCGUGCCCGCAAAUUCUGCACCCCACACAGUCUGAUAAGAAAGAUGCCAAAGAAUACUUUGUUCCUAAUGCUGCUCUGUUGCAGGAAUGCAUCAUGUGUACCUGUCUGCGUCAAGCUACUGGAAGUCAAAACUUUGUGUUUUUCACAUACAGAUAGGAAGGUGCAUUUUCAGCAGGACGACUGUGUCAAGACGAAUUUCUGGAGAAUGGAUAAAAUGGAUGCCAGAAAAUAAUAAAUUUUCAGCUUUAAAUUUAAAGUGAAUGAAGUAGGACUAGACUUUUGAAAAGUUUAAACAGAGCUGCAAAAAUGUGGUUACAAUGCCAUGGUUCUCAAACUCAUGUUUUGUUCAGGCACCAGAAUUGAGAGAAUACCAGCUCAAACAGAAGUACUCAAAGGCCCCAUUUACACGUACAGUUCAUUGAUCGACAAACUGUAGGACAUCGAGAGAAUGGCCGACAUCCUGUCAACUUCCUGGUAAAACUGAGCAUGGAAAUGAGCAAUCCUCUCGAUAUCGAUUUGGCGGGCAAACUGAAGGCAUGACGACGAGUGAGCGGCUUUUUUAAUGUUGCCCCAAGCGGAGUUGAAAAUGCAUUCCAAAAUUUUCCAAAAUAUUUGUCAAAUCAAAAAAAUAAAAUUUUCGUGAUCAGCGACCCAAAGUUAGUCAAUAUCAGGCGGGGAACACGAUUUAAUGCCGGAUUACCAAGUUCAUUUUUUUGGGUGUGUUUUGUGUGUUUUGUCAAGGACUGACAUUUUUACGAUUAAAAAACUGUACGUCUAAAUGGAGCUUCUCUCGUCGACAAACUGUCAGUUUAACGAUGAUCCAGAUCUAGCGUCCGUCGGUUAAAGUGCCAGUUUGUCGAUGAAUGGACUGUACAUGUAAAGGGACCCGAAGGAAUAGGCUUUGACAGUUCCUGUUAAUCAACAUGGGUGAACACUGGAGUCCUCCUGCGAUGUGAAGCCUUCUUUGAGUUGUGUGGCUGAAAUAUACGGAUAGGCAGAUACUGUUUAGAUCUCCAUGGAUUGUAAAACUGCAUGUUCCUAAAGUACCCCCAAAAAAAGUUGCGACAUACUGUUUCAUCUUGACUACGAAAUAGUUCAAACAUCAGUCAUUUUCACCUCAAGUGCCCAUUGCUGAAUAUGCAUUUGUAACAUAAGUGUAAUCCAGACCCAACAGCACGAUUUAUUGAGAUGUUUUACCCGUAGAACGCUUUUGGAAACCAACUUUUUGGACUAUUGUGUUAUGGAAGG